GUGGACGAAGUAGUCGUGUCAAAACAAUGCCGCUUUUCUAGUGUUUAUUUGCCGGAUUUGUGUUUUUACUGUGAAAAUCUGUGGAAAUUCUUGUGAAAAGUGAGUGAAAACGAUGGCCACGUGUACGGACACCUUUCAGUUCAAUCAGGAAGAGAUGUUCAAAGUGCUUCAGCGCUGUCUUCCUGAUGAUUUGACCAAAACACAGAAUCUCCUUGAGGGCAAAGAUGACAUGAUUUUCGGGUGGAAUUCCCAGGAAAAUUGUCUCUUAGCCCUCAAUUGGAGAGCAGCCAGGUCUCAAGGAAGUACCAUCAAGUACCAGACAUUGAUUCCAUCAGCAACUUUGCCAUUUACUGUGGACAGAAUUGCACCUUCGGUGGAUGGAAAUUUUGUGGCAGUGAGUGGAAAUCGUGGAGUUUCCUUGGUUGAAUUACCAAGGAGAUGGGGCACAAAUGGACUAUACCGUGGCGAUGGAAAGGAAAAUAUUAUAUGCAGAACUCACGUCCUUGAUGAUCGUCUCUUUACGAAUAAUACGCAUUUGGAGGUGCUUCAGGUGAAAUGGCAUCCAGGAUCUCCCACUGGGAGUCACCUGAUUGUCCUUCUGUCGGACAACUCCUUGCGUGUUUACCACGAGGAGAACCUCAAGCACGUCUGGCGUAUUGGUCCUGUUCCCAAAAUGAAGAGCAACGGAUCGACUUUGCCAUCUCUGUCGGACUUUGGGGAUACAGCUGUUGACUUUGAUAUUGCGCCCCCGAGAGUAUCCUCCCUCCUUCCAUUUGGAGAGGACACCAUGAGUGAGUCAACGCUUCUUAGUGCUUCAGCACAACUUCGUCACAAAGUCGAAUGGCCGAUUUUGAUUUUGCGUGGAAACGGAAACGUUUACAUUCUAAGUGCUGGACUUAGCACGAAAAAGCCGAGAUUGCAGGGUCCUUUGACUAUGACUCCGGGAAAGCUGGACAACUAUGGUCUCAGUUCUUGUUCCAUUCUCGUGAUCCCUUGUCUUCCUCCCUGCGUUGUUAUUUCAGAGUCCACAGGGAAGAUCCAUCAUUGUUUGUUGCUGGACGUUGAUGAGGAAGAGGCAGGGAACGAGUCAUUCGAUAAGAUUGAUUCUAGUUUGCAGAUUUCUCCUUCGGAGUGGCGUCUUCAUGUUCUGGAGACUGUUGAACUGGAACUGGGACUACCACAGAAUUCCGAUUCCAAAUCUCAUGUCUGUCCCAUUCAUUUGCGUCGGGAUCUCGCUACAGAAUCUCGUUACUUUGCCUAUCACAACACGGGAGUUCAUGCUAUUUUCCUGGAAUUCGUUAAGCAGUUGCAUGACUUUGCAGAAGCUGAAGAUGAAGCGGAUACUGAGGUUCCGUAUUUGGGGAACGAGAGCCGAGCAGAGUACAUCUUAUGCACCAAGGCCCUGAAUUCUGGUCAGGUGAAUCCUGUGCUGGGAUUUACGCUCCUUCAAUCUCCAGCUGGAUUGGUAGUUUUCCUGGGAAGUGGUCAGGUCGUGUCCCUCAAUCUCAUUACGGAUCCCAAUGUCCUGCUCGAUUGGAACAGUGAGAAAUCACAAAAAACAACUCAAGCCACCGAUGCUGUUUCUCCGCAGAAGAAAUACUUUGCAGAUUCUAUUGAGACUAGGAUUUUGUCCAUUCUGAAGGGAGGACUGUCGCAGCCUCUGUUGAAGCUGAACAAUAACACAGAACCCAGUCCACAGGAACUGCUUGAGCUCCUGAUGCACGCUACUCAGACUCUGAGGGAGCAGUACUUCCCGCGACACGAAAAGUGUCGACAGGAGCUGAAGAAGCGCGUGGAGAUCCUUCAGGUGCUCAAUCGGCAGCAACAGGAGGAGAUUCAGGAGCUGAAGAUGGAGAAGAAGCGAAUCAGGGACAAUGCUGAGAAUCUGGCUGGAAAGUAUGAGGAUAUGUACGAGAGGCAGCAGAGUCUGUCGAAGAGGGCUCAAGAAGUGGCUCGUUUGGUGUCUCUGCUGGCUCCUUCUACUCUGCAGGACGAGAAGGACUUUGCCCAACAGGUGGAGAAGAUCAAUGUGGCCACUAAAGGACUACUGAAGCAACUUGAAGUGUCCAAGGGGAAGAUUAGCAGGAAUCAGCAGCAGAUUGAAACAUGGGAGAAGCAGAACAUUCAGAAGGAGUUCCAGUUGCCGCCGAAAAGGGAAGAGGUCAUCAAGAAGAUCCUUGCUGAUAUGAAGAGCCAGAUCAACAAUCAGAUCAUGGAGAUCAAGCAGAUCAACAAGAUGCUGGAUAUUUAGUUAUAAAACUUGUCUCUCAAAAGCAUCUUCUGUAUUGAACUUGAAUUUCGAGGGGAUUUUUUUUGAGACACGUGAAGAUUAUCUGAGAAAUAAAUUUGCAUUGAAACUGGUUCAUGA